UGAUUGACGUCUGCCCUUGAGCUCACGAAACAAACUGAUCAAGCGUGGCGCUGGGAAGAAAAAUAAAAAAGACUACAAAACCCGGCUCGAACACGGGAUGAACCAAUGCUGUUGGAGGUUUUAGAAGAUAUACGGUCGGAUAUUCAGCGCGAGGAGUGAAAACAGCUCGGGAAUAAAAACAGGGAGCUUUUCUCUCUAUCUCUGUACAGGACAGGUUCAUGGACGCCGGUUGGUGUGUGUAGUGUGUCUAAGCGCGUGCACUGGGACUGAUAAACUAACCGCCUCGCAAGCCUAUAAUAGAUAAUGCACCGUGUUUAUUGAGCGUUUUGAGGUAUUUCCUGAUCAAUCCCAGACCUUACUAAACUUCUCUGGACUUUAUUUUGAUUUGUUUCACGAGACAUGGACGUGAGAAGGAGGAUCUCCUGCGAACACUAAACCUGAAGAACUUAUAUCUGUCGGGGGUGUGUGUGUGUGUGCUGAGAUGAGAUUUGGCUUUAAUAUGAAGACGGGAGAGUUGUGCGUGAGAAGCUGCGCGUGAAACAGCCACCAUGGAGAAGGCGAACGGCGCGCGCGCACCGCCGCCUCAGCAGCAGCCUCAGCACCGCAUCAACGUCCCGAGCACAGCCAGGGAGAGAGUGUCCAGCGUGGAUCCGUACGGCUUCGAGAGGUCUAACGACUUCGAUUACGAGUCCUACGAAGAGCUCAUGUCGGAGUACUUGGCUGUUCUCACCAAAAGGUCAAUCAAGUGGUCCAAACUGCUGCAGGGGAAAAGUCGCGUCGAGAAGAACUUUAAAGUAAAACGUUAUGUACGGAAAGGGAUCCCAAAUGAACACAGAGCGCUGAUCUGGAUGGCAGCGAGCGGCUCCCAGGAGCAGAUGGAGAACAAUCCAGGCUACUAUCAUUCACUCCUCCAGGGGCAACACGACCCGAAACUGGUGGAGACCAUCCACACAGAUUUGCACAGGACGUUUCCAGACAACGUGCAGUUCCGGAAAACAGCCGAGCCGUGCCUGCAGAAACCGCUGUAUAACGUCCUGCUGGCAUACGGACACCACAACAAGGCGGUGGGAUAUUGUCAGGGCAUGAACUUUAUUGCUGGGUAUCUCCUCAUCAUCACCAAAGAUGAAGAGAAGUCCUUCUGGCUGAUGGAGGCUCUGCUGGGCAGGAUCCUUCCAGAUUACUACACACCAGCAAUGCUGGGACUGAAGACCGAUCAGGAGGUGCUGGGAGAGCUGGUGAAGAUGAAGGUGCCGGCUGUUUGGCAGGUCAUGAUGGAACACAACGUCAUGUGGACGCUGGUGGUGUCCCGCUGGUUCAUCUGCCUCUUUAUCGAUGUCCUUCCUGUGGAGACUGUUCUGCGUAUCUGGGACUGCCUUUUCUACGAGGGCUCAAAGAUCCUGUUCCGCGUGGCGCUCACUCUGAUCCGUCACAACCAGGCCCUGAUCUCUCAGGCUCAGAACCUUCCGGAUAUCUGCGACCGCUUCAAACAAAUCACCAGAGGAACCUUUGUGGAGGACUGCCACCCGUUCAUGCAGAACAUUUUUAAAGAACCCGGAAGCCUCUCCAUGGCGACCAUCACCAAGCUACGGGCGGCGUGUCGAGCACGGAUCACGGCUGUGGAACCCUGACCCACUCCUUUAAUGCUUCAGACAUUCCAGACUUUUGCACUCUCCCGUUAUUACUAUUAUUAUUGUUUUGUUACUAUUAUUAUUAUUAUUAUUAUUUUUUUAAAUCUAAUGGCUGAAACUGUUCCUUACCUGAUAAUAAUGAUUCAUUAUGACCUAUGUGAUAGUGAUGAGUACAGGUACGAAGUGAGGUACAGGGAACUAGAACCUACAAACCAGCACUACACCACAGUAAGAAACCAGGAUCAUGAGCUUUAAACAGUCAUGUAUAUGACACCAAGAUGGAUCACGCUAUUAGACCGACGCGGUCAGUGAGCCGAGCUUCACCGCUCCGGCGACGGCAGGAGUCUUUAAAAACUACGAGCACGAUGUAGCCUUUCCUCUCAGAGCUUGUACAGAUAGAUAAAUUUGCACAUUUCUCCAGAUAGACCAUUUUGGGCUCUAUCAGAUUGUCAUGACUGUUGCUAAACUACUGUGAAACAAAGAGCUCGGUACUGUUGCGUUAGCAUUUUUUCUUUUUUCUUUUCUUUUUUUUUUUUUAAAGGAUGUUUGUGAAAUACGUGUCAUAAGUUGUUGGUCUGGGAAAUUCUAACUGUAAUGUUCGUCCUCACUUUGUAAACCUCGCAGAAUGAAGCUUUUCUUGUGAUACAGUGCUGCAGUUUCUAAUGAACUCUGAUUAUGUAGUCAGUUUUCUAAGUGGAAAUUAUUAAAGUAAACUGGAUCAGCA